UGUGAUGGGGUGGGUGAAUUUAUGUGAGACGCGCCGUCCUACUGCGUCACUUCCUUUGAGUGUCUAAUAAAAUCAGGUCUGGCGGGAGCGGCGCUAGACAAUUAUUUGGGUUUGUUUGGUGAAUCAGCAAAGAAUCGGAGCCAUCAGAACCGCAAACAUGACUGUAGGAAAGAGCAGCAAGAUGCUGCAGCACAUCGACUUCAGGAUGAGGUGCAUCCUGCAGGACGGACGCAUCUUCAUCGGCACUUUUAAGGCCUUUGACAAGCACAUGAACCUGAUCCUGUGUGACUGUGAUGAGUUCAGGAAGAUAAAACCAAAAAACUCAAAGCAGCCAGAGCGGGAAGAAAAAAGGGUUCUGGGUCUGGUUCUGCUGAGGGGUGAGAACCUGGUCUCUAUGACAGUAGAGGGUCCACCCCCUAAAGAUACUGGCAUUGCCCGUGUGCCGUUGGCGGGCGUGGCUGGGGGUCCAGGUGUGGGUCGUGCAGCAGGUCGUGGAGUUCCUGCGGGGGCUCCGAUGCCUCAGGCUCCUGCAGGACUUGCAGGGCCCGUCAGAGGAGUGGGUGGCCCCUCACAACAGGUAAUGACCCCUCAGGGCAGGGGUACAGUUGCUGCUGCUGCAGCAGGAGCGAGCAUUUCUGGGGCUCCGACACAGUACCCACCUGGACGAGGAGCCCCACCUCCAAUGGGACGAGGAGCCCCACCUCCAGGUAUGAUGGGUCCUCCACCUGGCAUGCGCCCCCCCAUGGGUCCUCCAAUGGGAAUGCCCCCUGGUCCAGGUCGAGGAGCUCCGAUGGGAAUCCCCCCCCCGGGCAUGAGGCCUCCACCCCCAGGCAUGAGGGGACCGCCCCCUCCUGGCAUGAGGCCUCCACCUCGACCCUGAAGAAGCACCGCCCUAAAGGCUGUUGUAUAGGUUUUUUUUAAUUGUGUUUUUUUUUGUUUUUUU